GCCAUGCCAUGCUGUCCUCCGGGCCGAUGUCGUUGCGACCCCGCUCGGCUCCUGCCACGGAUCUGCGACUUGGCGGAUCAGGUAGAGGCACAACAGCUGGAACUGCUGCAGGUGCGCGACAGGCUCCAGCGUCUUCCGCCCUCCCCAGAGCUGGCAGCACUGGCUGCCGAGGGCGGCACCUUGGAGCAACGUGCCCGGGAUGGCGCUGCCCAGCUGGCCACACUGCGCACGGAGAACGCCUCCUUGGAGUGGUCCAUCGAAAAUGGCAACGCACAAGUUCGACAGCUCCAGCAGGAAAGGCGAUCCUUGUUGCAACGACUUGGCGGGUUGGAGGACUCAGAGAAGAAGCUGAAACAGGUAGCAGAAGAGGCUGAAGAACAGCUGACUUCAGAAAGGCAUUUGGCGGAAGAACGGGCCUUUGGUCAAGAGACGGCCUUGAGCACUGUGGCCAAUCGCAGCACCGCGGCGGAGCAGCGCUGCCACGUCGCGGAGGCCUUGGUGCGGCGCCUGCGCAGCGCUGCGGCAGAGGCCGAGACCACAGCCACCAGCGUGGCACGGGCCUCGGCAGUGGAAGGCGAGCGUACCAAGAAACUCGUCAAGGAGCUACAAGGACGCUUGCAGCAACAGAGGGAGCAGGAGAAGAAGUUCCGAAGAGAACAGGAGAAGAAGGAGAGGGAGAUGAAAGAAAUAAAAGAAGAAGAGCUGAAGGAAGUGGAAGCCGAGAUGCAAAGUGAGAUGGAGGAGCUGAAUGCCGAACUCCGUCAAUGUGAAAAGAUGCGCCGGGCCGAGAGCAGCUUAGCGCAACGUUUGGCGGACAGCCAACGCCAAGGGGCCAACAUUGAGAACAAAGCCAUGAAUGUGGCACGGGAAUUGGUUGAUUCCUCCCAGGCCAUCGCAUGGCUUCAAUCAGAAGUGGCAGCUCAACGUGAUGGUUGGGCCGAAUUGGAAGAGAUGAAUCAGCAGAAUUUGCAGCUGCGGCAGCAGCUGGAAACUUCACAGUUGAGCCUUGAAAAGGCGAAAGGGGCAAAAGAGAGAGAUGGAAACAAAAGCUUUGAGACCGAGCAAGGCGAGUCCGAAGAUCGGCACAAAGCUACAGUGGUCAGUGAAGCUUUGCAAGUAGCUUGGGAAGGGGAAGCUCGUGAACAUCGUCAAGCACAGCAGAAGCUGCAAAGCCUUCAGACGUCUUGCUUAAAUCCUGCUCGGCAAGAACUCCUCCGCUUAGCAGAGCUUCUCUUGCAUGAGGCCAGGAGUGGAGGUCAAAGCCCCUCCCGAGGCUUCAGCCAAGUUGCUCUCCUGGAAGAUUUAGCGCGACGUUUACGGGAUAAGCUCUCCAUUGAUGCCAUCCAACAAUUGAUGACUUCUGUGGAAAGCUUCGCCCUGGAGCUCGUGGAAUCAUUGCGUGACUUGCAGCCCCGCCGGGGCUUGAACCAACGGCCAGAGGCUGUGAAACCGCGAGUCUCCAGAUCCACUCCCAGCAGAAGACCUUGGGAUUCAGAUGCCUCACCAUCUCCAAAACGGCCUGACCCAAUCAUUCCCAUGGAGCGUCCACAGUGCCAGGAGCCCGUUGCCAGAGACUUCAGAGACUUCAGAGACUUGGAGCGCGUCCCUGGUGCCACUGGUCCAUUAUAUCGCCUGGAUUUCAAACAAGCUGCGCAAGCUGCCAUGGAAUCCCCAGCACGGGGGAGGCAACGUCGAUUAGAGCAUCGCCGCUUUGAUCGUUUAAACCUGGAUUUGGAAGAACGAUUCGAUGAGUAUUCGGUGCAUCGUCCGCGUCGCAAAGCAACGUGAGACUUUGUUAAUGCCAAGGGCUUGGAGUCACAUGGCCAAUGAACAGAUUCCAGAAAAAUGGUAGUGCAUGUUGGGG